CUUCGCUCGCUUUGCCGCUCGCUGAUAGGCUUCUUUUUACGGCCCUUCUAAAUUUGCAUAAAUCGACGUUCCGGUAGAUCGACUACAUCCGCUUGAAGAGGGAGAGAAUGCGAAGCCGUUGCCAUAGAAACCAGACAUCAACAAAUUUUGCCGAAAGUCGAGCGCGGGAGGCUAUUAUUUAAAUCCGCGCUCCUGCUCCCAAUUAUAGGUUAUUUUAGUAUUUUAAAUUAAAAUUUUAAUAUUAUUUCGAGCCGUCCGUUCGAAAGGAACGCUUACUAUCACAGACAGGCCUCCCCAGUGAUCUUGUAUUACUAGGGAUCCUAACUCUGAACCUCUGCGGGUUUUCUCAUAAGCAAAGGAAAUCUUUUUUUUCUCCCCCAACUCGAUCGAUUUAGGACUUUCUUCGGCACAGAAUCCAGGGAGAUCGCUAGGUCGUUAGUUUGCAGGGAAUCGCUAGCUCCGAACGGCCGGUCAGAAGUUUCUAACGUUUCUCGCAGCCUGUUGCAGGAGUAUAACGAUGUAUAAGGUGGACAUUCAGGCCGACCUGAGAGAGGCGGCUGCCGUUGAAGCCCGCCGGAACCGGGAGAAGCAGAGACAGAGCCGCAUCUUCAAUGCUCGCUAUCGUACAAUCGGGGUGGACAUAGAAGGCUUGAAGAGGCAAGUGGAAGAGCGCAAACUGAGAGAGAAUAUAGAGAAGCGGCGAGAGGAAGCCUUUGAUGCAGACAGGGUGCAGUGUGACAAGGUUGCCCAGAUGUUAGAGGAAGAGAAGCACCAGCGGAAGAAAUUGUUAUGCCAGGAUCUGGUGGAGUUCCGUGAGCGGGAGCAGCAGCCUUUUACGCGGCGGGAAUGGGAUAUCCAUGACCCCGAGGUGGUACGCAAAGGGCAGCCGGCCCGUGUGAGUGAUGACGACCCACGCUGUGGCCCUUCUAGCAUGCAGUGCUUUGCUGGUGAGGAUCUGAAUGCAGUUGCCCGCCAAAAACUGCAAAAGGAGAAGAACAAGCAUGCGCUGGAGGAGCAGAGAAAUGAACGGAAUAAGAAACUUGCUGAUCAACAAUAUGCAGAUAAUCUGGAAGACAAAAAAAGAAUAGAGCUGGAUUUGCGAGCCCAGGAGCUGGCACAAUUAGAGGAAGAAUGUCGCAGGGCUAAAGCCAUGGCAUUAGCAGACUUUAACCGAGCCCAGGCUGCAGAGGUUGCAGAGCAGCAACAUGUAUCCCAGCAGCGUGAGCAGGAUGAUAACUAUGCUGAGAUCCACAACCAUCUGACUGGCAAUCUCCUGUCGGAAGACCCUAGCAUUGCUAAAAGCUUGUUGGGGUCACACCGUGUGAUUACUGACCGCUGGAAAGGGAUGAGCCCUGAGCAGCUGCAGGCUGUGUGGCAAAUGCAGAAAGAACAGUGCCGAGAAAACCAGAGACUUCGGCAACAGGAAAAGCAACGGGAUGCUGAGUGGGACAGACAGAGGGAACUGGCAGCUCGUGCAGCCAUGCAGAUGGAGGAGCAGGAACAGAAUUUCCGUGCGCAGCUGAAAAAGAGCCUGGACGAUUGCAACCACGAAUUGGCUGAUGCCCAGAAAUCCAACUUGAAGUAUCUGGAGAAAGAAGUCUACACCAAUGCACCUACAGCCCACUAUUAUUUACAGUUUAAUACUAGCAGCCGCUGAUGGAAGAUGCAGCUGGCAACAGUUUUGCACUAUCAUAACUGCAAACAGUCACUGAACAAGGCAGUUGGUAAGCAAGGACUAUGAAUACAUGAAAAUAAGUUGAUGAUUGGAACCAAGCAAGUCACUCUGCUCCAGAGAAGCCACCAUUCACUCUUUUCAAAGAGAAGAGCAAUAGAACCUUAUGUGAAAUCCCCAGAUCAGAUUUGAAUUUUAUUUCAAAAGAAAGAUUUUGCUGAACCAAGAUUGGAAUUUUCCUGCCACUCAUGUUUUGGAACUUUCCCUCCAACAGCUGUUCUUCCUUCUCUGUUCUCCCUCCCCGCCACCCUCCACUUCCAGGUUUCCUUUGCAUUUGGUUAUCUUGAGACAUUUUAUACUUGCUUUUCUUUGAGAGAAAUUAAUAUUACAUGAGCAGAGUCACAGCUGAGAAAAUUCAUAAAACCAAAAAGCUAUGUAUUCAUAUAAUUCAAUAAACCAGAUAUAUGAAA